AUGCCCCCGCGCCUGCCCGCCGCCGCCGCCUCCGCCUCAUCCUGGGUCGUGAUCGGCGCCAGGUGCUGCGCGGGCCGCCGCCGUCUCCGCGCCCAGCAGCAGCAGCAGCAACAACGGAGUCAGCGCGGCGGCGGCGGCGGCGGCUUUUCCUGUCCGGUUACGUUAGGGUCACAUGACCGAGAGCGGAGCACAGAGGCUGCAGCGAGGAGCCCCCGCCGGGGGGGAGGGGAGGCGGCGAGCACUGGCGGCGGCAGCAGCAGCAGCAGCAGUAGGAGCCACCCAGCCCCCUCCCGCCCCUCCCUCCCCCCGCCGUGCGCAGCGCGGGCUGCACCGGCGGGGCCGAGUCGGCCCCGCCGCCGCCGCCCUCCUGCUGAGCACCCUCGGCCGAAAGCCUCCGCCCCCGGCGGAGCUGGUUUAGGGGCCUGCAGCGGGCGCACUGCCCCUUUAAAGGCCCUGGGUUGUGGGGGCCUGUGUAUUCCCUCCGCUGCACGCCGCCAGCCGAGGGCGGCUCCGCUGCUGCCAGCGUCCUUCCACCGCCUGGAUUGCGGAAUAACGGCUACCCGGAGGUCCCUGCUCCGGGCGGCAGCAGCGUGCCGGGUUCGAGCGGUGCAGCGUUCUCCGCCCUUUCCACGGCUCCUCGCCGGUCUCGCUGCAGUGGCGGACGCUUCUCGCCGCCAGCAUGCCCGGUGCCGCCGGGGGCGCCCUGCGUUGACGCUAGCCGGCACCGGAUGGCUCUUGCUGAGAGGCUCGAGGCGGCUACUUCGGGUUCUCCCCGCGCCUUCUUGUUGAGGAGUGGCAGGCGCAGUGGCAGACCGCCUUAUCGGUUUUCUGUGGAGGGCUGGUCUUUGUGAAGAUGCCCUGUGUCUGCUGUGGUUCAGCUGUCAGACGGGAAGUUGGAAGUUCACUGUCAAAAGGAGUGAUUCAGAGUGCAGAAGUGGAAAGGUUGGUUUUGCUUUAUGUCUGUUUAUGUGGACAAGUUACUUCAUCUGUGUGUUUUUAACAGCUUUUUAAGAGGGCGACGACAUAGCAUUGU